CGACAGCGCAUAAAAUACACAGAGCUAAACGGAGGAGACUUGACGUUAUUUUUGACGGACCGAAAACAUGCCUGACCCUGCGAAAUCCGCCCCAGCACCUAAAAAAGGCUCAAAGAAGGCCGUGACCAAGACCCAGAAGAAGGGGGAUAAGAAAAGGCGCAAGACCAGGAAAGAAAGCUAUGCCAUUUAUGUGUACAAAGUCCUUAAACAAGUCCAUCCGGACACUGGUAUUUCAUCCAAAGCAAUGGGCAUCAUGAAUUCAUUCGUGAAUGAUAUCUUCGAGCGCAUUGCUGGCGAAGCUUCACGCCUGGCUCAUUACAACAAGCGCUCCACCAUCACAUCACGAGAGAUUCAGACAGCUGUGCGCCUGCUUUUGCCAGGAGAACUGGCCAAACACGCCGUGUCUGAGGGCACCAAGGCUGUGACCAAGUAUACCAGCUCCAAGUGAAGAAGGUAGGAGCAGAAGAUGGACUGAACAGAAGGGGCGCCAGCGGAAGAAGGAAGUGAUCUCUGCUCUUUGAUACCGCAUGUUUAUUCCAGGGUUGUUCGUCCUACGCAUAAAUGACUGCCUCAGAUGUUUUGGAAGGACAUUAUAUUGCUGUCAUUUGUCUUCUCUUUAUUGCUUUUAUUGAAUGUACCUCCUGAAAUGUACUUGUUUGCAUGUGUGAAAGAAGGCACCGCAGGUUUCCUCACGUGUAAUAGUUCUGGUGCUGUUUAGCUCCAGGGUGCAAUUCACAACAUCGCUGUGGUUCCGGCCAGAGAACCUGGGGACAGCUGUGGGGGGGAUUUUAUGUACUGUAUGGAUUUAAAACAGUGUCUUAAUGAAUAUUAGUUCAUAAUGAUUUUUGUCAACUCACAGAAUAAACAUGUUGAUUCAUGUUGA